AUGCAAGACCUAUAUGACCGUAGCGCCAAUAUGGCCUUCUUAUGGGGUACUGUAAAGCCAACAUGGAAGACUGGAGGAGCAAAAGCUAGCUGUAAGGAAUUGCAUGAGGCUGCGCUGCGCGCGGCUUUUGUUCGAGAUCCUGAUUUGCGCAUGCACAAUUGGUUGCGGAAGCGCAUCUCAAUCUAUCGAAAUUUGAUGUCGCCCAAACAAUGGAAACAGUUUUUCUCAGAAUCACUUCCAGGCAGCCGUGAUGAACGAUUCAAUUUGGCUCUCUUUGAGGCGGCAGUCAUAGGCGUCAGGCGUGCAGUUGCUGAAUGUCGAUAUCAGUUCCGGAUGGAGCGCUGGAACUGCAGUCAAAUUCCUAAUGAAGAGUCUGUUCUCUUCGGAAAUAUUCUACUUAAAGGCAUUCCGCAAACGGCUUUUGUCCAUUCAAUCAUCAACGCUGGAAUCGUGCAAUCUGUGGCCGAAGCAUGUCUGGGCCAAAUCGAAGAUUGCCCAUGCAACAAUCAUGGUCGGGAGUCCUCCAGCUCAAAUUGGCAGUGGCAAGGAUGUGAUCACAAUAUUCAUUACGGGAGGAAGUUUUCCCGCAGAUUGCUAGACUCAAUGGAGAAGGGAUCGCACAUACGAUUCCAAAUGAAUCUGCACAACAAUAAAGUCGGAAGAACGAUUGUCACAAGAAACAUGGAACGAUACUGUCGAUGUCACGGGACAAGCGGCUCAUGCUCUUUACGUACGUGCUAUCGACGAACCCCACGAAUGCGCACACUCGGAAACCUCCUAAAACAAAUGUAUGACCAGAAUUUAUUGAUGAUCUCUCCAGAGCUGUCAACUCGAGCAAAGGACAUGAAACUGAAUCCUUCGCGGCGUACCCACAAGAGGCGCAGUAGCAUUCGAGACGAUGGUUUACGCUUCGCUGAUGUAGGGAAUCGUUAUCCAUACUCAUUGAAAACCGGGACAGUAUCUACGUGGAAUAACUAUCCUGGAAACUUACAGUUUUCGGGGUGGUCAAGAUCGAAUGCGAAGUGGCAAAAUGUCGAUAACAACGGAAGGUUGAACGAGACCCCUACUACCUCCCUUCAUUUGGUGUACUAUGAAAACGUUCCUCAAGAAACCUUUUGUGAAGCCAAUCCGAAACUUCACAUACUUGAGGCUUUGUCACUCGGCACUAUUACGCUAUGGAGUCGUGUCACUGUAAAUUUAUCUGGUGUUGCCGUGUCGAAUGCCAACAAUGUUUGGCACUAA